AUGUCUGUACCAGGCCAUGUCUCGGCGCAGCCGUCCAAAGAUGUUGCUAAUAAACUCGCACUUAUCAAAGCCAGAAUCACAGAUGACGGCACCGAUUCAGUCCAAGUCCUUCUGGGCGAGCUUCAAAAUGCUCUCCAAGAAGUCGAAGAGAGGAAAAAGAUCGAGGUAACCUUGAAACAGCAGGUGAAAGUCCACGAACCAGCUUCAUUCUCUCUUGGAGGGGCAAUGGAACUCCAAAACAACAAUGUGGAAGCUCGCAAGAUUCGUAGUGACAAUUGCUCGGCUCUCGAAGAGCUUCAUGAAGAAUUCAGCAGAGCUCUGGAUGAUGUUGAGAACGACAAUCCAGGGCUGGACAUUUCAAGGCUCGCCUCGAUAGCUCUGAAACUCGGCGUUUUGAAGAAAAAGGUUGUGCGAUUUGAAUUCUAUAUCGAUGCCAAUACCGAAACGCAAUUCAACCACCAAAAGAAGCGCACUGCCAUCCACAGAAAUUGGGCCGCUGUCCUCCGAACCGAGAGGGACAUCGCUCAGACAGCCUUUGCUGCAAUCCAAAGAUCCGCGCUCGAGACAAUUGCCAAUGUACAUAACCCUAAUGAGUUCAAGUCAUUGGAGGCUAAACUAUCCCUUGAUAGAACCGUCGCAAUCGCUCUGGUGGAGUUGCAGGCUCUUGGCGCUCACCUGGAGACAGCAAUGAAGCCAAUCGAACCAAGAGACGAGGAUGAUGCUGCCGACGCCGCCAAAGAUGAGAACACACAGCCGAUAGUCAACACUUAUGGGCUCGACCAAGUGCUUGAUAGUUUCCGCAAGACAGUUGAACACACGAUAACCAUAGGCAAGAUCCUUCGAACACUACCAGCAAUUCCCCAAUACGCAGAACGACCUUCAAAAACCGUGUUCGCCGUCAUGAGAGACGCAGAUAAGAGAGCCUGGGAUGGAGAAGCCAAAGUCAAAGCCAAAACAGCAGAACUGGCAUUUGCUACGAAAACUUUGGAAACCGACCUUUGUAAUCAGAAGCUCGAGCAAUUCCAAGCCAAUGGAACUAUCCAAACUAACGCUGACGAGAUAAUCUUGUCAGCAUACCUUGAGAUGGCCAAGUCCAACAUCGCGAGCGGUCAGAUCCUCAUCGGUAGACUCGGAUGUUUAGAGCGCUGCAUCGGGGAUGGCGAAACUAACAGCAAGCGUAAACGGGCCUGCGAUGGUUACCAUGCUGGCGUGAGCCCCGAAGUCCUCCAAGCCCUCAUUCAACGUUUGGCGGACGAGAUACCACCACAAGCCGAUCUCGUCGCCAAGAUCAGGGAAUUGUUAACUAUUCUCAGGGCCAGAUUGGAACAGCGGGUUCGAGAUGUAUCUCCUCAGAAGAAGUUAUCUUCAGGGUUGCAGGAUGAAGGAGAUGAGAUGAGCAACACCGGCGAUCUUGACACACAUGCACUACUUCAAAUCAACAUGGCCAACAUCCAAAAUGGAGAAACCUUGAUUAACCGCAUCGCCGAGCUGGAAUCCGAACUCCACAAUCACAGAGCUCAUUCUUCAGGAGCGCCGGGGGGUGACGAAGAUUGUCCGAGGAAGCUUGAAGUGGCCAAGAAGCAAAUCCAAAUUCUUACCAACAGACUCGCCGAACUUGAAGCAGAAUUUCAGGGGCCCCAAUUAAGAGAUCUGAUCAACAGCAGAGUCGCUGACCUCGAAUCUCAACUUGCUGAUCUCAACAGCCAAUCAGAAGAACAAGCAAGAUCCGCUGCUGGAGAGGAUUGUCCAAGAGAGUUUGAGCAGGCGAAAAAGCAGAACCAAGACCUAAUUAACAAAAUCGCCGACCUCGAGUCUGAACUUCAUACUCUCAAGAGCCAUUCCCCUGUAGCAACAGGCGGCGACAAGGACUGUCCGAAAGAGCUCGAGAAGGCGAAGAAGCAGUUGAAGUCUCUUGUUGCCCCACUGAAGAGCAAGCAAGAUGAGCUCAAAGAGCUAACCAAACGGUUGCGCACCGAUUUUGCCGAGUACCUCGAUGAGGAAUUCGAAAGUGCUAAUCCAACCCAUUCCAGGAUUAAGGAAGUGAAGGACCAGAUCGCAGCCUUGAGAGCCAAGGUCGAGAAACUCGAGAAAGAGAAGUUCGAGGUGGAACGACGUCGCGAUAUUUGCUACAACUACAAUCUUGAUAUACUGGAGCCAACCGUCACAGCUUUAAAGCAGGAGAUCAGGAGACUGAAUCUCGAGAUUAUAGAUGGGAAGAUCGACAGGAUCCACAAAGAAUCGCUCCUUGAGGAAAGGAUGAAACUUUUGGCGGAGCUGGACGCCUAUCGACAGGGCGAAACUGUUGUAUGGGGUGCGGAGCCCGACAUGGAUUGGGGAACAUGGAAAUACCAAGCUAUCUUAGCUAAGAACCUUGAUCUGAAGAACCGGUUGAAGAUCUGUGAGGAGGCUCGGGGCAAUACAGUUGAGGAGGAAGAGUCAGGCUCAGACGUGGACGAGUCGGCUUCGGAUGACGAGGACGAGGAAGAACACCAUGCUCUGCUGCGCUUCUACGAGAAUCUGUCAAGGGAUCAGCUGAUCAAGCUCUUGGCGAGGCGAACCUUCUUUCAAGCUCAAGUUGCAUUCCUGACCGAUCAGAGAGACCUAAUGAUGCAGAGCGACGAGCUUCGGCAACGUGGGUGGAUCGAGGAAAAUGCACAGCUGAGGAUCAAACAUGCGUCAGAGAUGUCCGAGAAAGACGAGGCCUUCGGGGUGCAGAACGAGAAGGUCGCCAGUUUGAAAGCUGAUCUUGCUAGUUUGAAGAUCAAGUUGCAAAAUUGUCGGGAAUUCAGAGACAAUGUCCUCAAACUUGGAGUCGAAGAACCAGAGGAACCCCACGACCUGGAAGGACUUGAUAACGAGGCCCUUAUCGAGGAGAUUGUUGAGCUGCAACGCAAGUUGAAGGCUCUUGGGAUCAAGUAUGAGGAAGCUGUGAGGAACGACCAAACAUUCUUCAGUGACUCCGAGCUUGACGAAGACUUGGAAUUCCAAAAUCCCCGUCAACAGAUCCGGGACCUGAAAGAGACUCUGGAGGAGGUCAGGACAAUGCUGGAGAAAUGCAAGAAAGAGCAUGAAAAGAAGGUUGAAAACCCUGAGGAAGCUGAAUCCAUGGCUGUUCUGAAGAAGGGAGUUCAAAAAAUUAGGGAUGAACGCGAAGAUGCCACCGACAAACUGGAAAAGUGUGAGGAAGAAGUAGACCGUCUGAUAAAAAUGCUUCAAGCCCAAGUAGCCAUUCGGCAGCGGGACUUGGACACAGACAAAGAACUAGAAAAGGAACAGGCGCAGAAAGAAGCUAGCUACAGAGGGACCAUCUGGGAGCUAACGGAGAAGCUGAGUAGCAGUGAAAUUGCUCACGAAGCAAUGGCCAAGAAGUUCAACGAUCUUCUUGCGCAGGCAAACAAAGAUCUUUCUGACUGCCUGGAAACACGGGAAACGGGUAUCCAGGGAACGGCUUGCCUGAAAGAAAGUUUGAAGGAACGCUGCGAAGAAAUCGAACGAUUGGAAGCUGCGCUUGCGGGCCAAGACCAACCCGUCCCGGAGCAGGUGCAACCACUAAAGGAUCAAGUUGCAAGACUGAAGAAAGAGUUAGCAGACUGCCAAAAACAUGCCACUACUAACGAUGAGUAUAUUGAUGCUCUUAAUGAGGAUCUGGACUAUUGCCAAGAAGACAAAGACAAACUCCAGGAGCAGCUCGCGACACAGAAGCAAAAGUGCGAAGCAGAGAAGGCGGCGCUCCGCCAGAAGCUUCAGUAUUUCGUGAAGAAGGCAAACACUGCUGAAGAAACGGACGCCAUUUCUCACGGUGUCGAGGAGCUCCAGAACCAGUUAGCUCAAGCAGAAGCUGAGCUCGAGGCGGAGAAAAAGAGGGCGGAGUCAUCUCGGAAAGCUGCAAAUAAGAAUUUCGAAUCCUGGCAAGAAGAGCGCUUGAAAAAAACGAAGUGCGAAGAGAAGUUGGCUGAUCUCAAUGCUCAAUAUCCCAGCACAGGACUGAGAAGUCGGAAGAGACCAGCUCCAAACCAGCCGGAUGAGAACCUAGAGGAUUGUGUAGCUGAGGUCGCAAGACUUAGGCACAAGAUCGCUGGUCUUGAGGUUGAGAUAACACGUCUGACCAAGCAGGUGGACGCAUACGAAGAGGAAGACGACGACGGCGAAGACGAUGAUGACGACGUCAAACAAUAUUCCCAGAAACAGGGGAACGCAAGUGACGGUGCUGGCGAGAACAGCCCCCUGCCCAUGGAUGAUAACGACUUCGAUCCUCAUCUAGCAUGCAACGAAGAGAUCGAGGCAUUGAACAACCAAAUAAUCGCCCAAAAAGAAAAGAUCGCUGCUCUCGAACAGCAAGCAGCAAAUGAUAAGCUGCAGAUCGACGCCCUGAACCACAGCAACACCGACAAGUCGCAGAAAUAUCAGAAGUUCUCAGCUCUCAUUGACAAGCUGAAAACAGAGCUGGAGGAUUUGCAAACGAGACUUUUUGAAUGCGCUUUUGAAACUUGGCAAGAGCGUAGAGCUAGGAUGAGGAGCUUGGCGGCGGCGAAUAGGGGCCCACGAGGCCCGAGUGUUCAUCGAAUUGAUCCGGCGCUUGCUCAGAUUGAGGAGUGGAAUAGAAGCGGGUGGUGGAGGUCGGAGCGGGAUAGACCUGGGAAACGGCGGAGGACGAAGUGAUUGGGGGUAGGAAUGAAAGUCACUUUUUAGAUAGGUGUAUGGAGUUUUGAUGCUUGAGAUUCUGCAGACAAUGGAACCCUUGUCUCUCUAUUGGUUUUUUUGUAUUUUGUUCCCGCUCUCUACGUGAAAGUACCACAACUCUCG